UGAAAUGGAGGAGUACCCCCUGUAGAAAUGUUUCUCCCCCGUUAUAGAGCACUGAUCUGUGGUCAGUUUACCCGCUUCGCCCGGUCCUCUUCCUGGUCCUCCAGCUGCUCUCAGAUCGCUGCUGCUCCGCCCCGGAGGAGUUUUUUCGCGGCAAAAUCUAGUGUGAACACACGGAGAGACACGGAUAACAGUAGAGUCAUGCCAUCUAACGUAGAGAUCAAAGCCAAAGUGAGCGACCCGACGCGAUUCGCCGCGAGGGCCGCAGAGCUCAGCCAAUCAGAGGGCACGAUCAUCAAACAGCACGACACGUUCUUCAACUGCACCCAGGGACGCCUGAAGCUGCGGGACUUCAUGGACGAGUCCGGUCAGCUGAUCUUCUACGAGCGCCCCGACACCGACGGACCCAAACUGUCGCGUUACUCCAUCAGCCCGACCAGCGACCCCCCCUCGCUCAGGACGGUGCUGUCAGACGCCCUCGGGGUUAAAGGGGAGGUGCGUAAGGAGCGACGGCUGUUCCUGGUUGGUCAGACCAGAGUUCACCUGGACGCUGUGGAGGGGCUCGGAAACUACAUGGAGCUGGAGGUGGUGAUGCGUCCAGAGCAGACUGUAGAGGACGGACAGAAGGUGGCAGAGGACCUGAUGGAAAAGCUGGGAGUCUCAAAGCAGAGUUUGGUGACGGGAGCGUACAUGGACCUGCUGCUGAACGGACACACUGAGACAAAAACAGAGUAACACACUGAUACUAAUAACUCCUGUGAGUACAGGACACACAUUACGUGACAAGCUGAAUUUAUACCUGGUAUUAAUGGAAAUAAUCCGUAGUAUUUGCACUAAAACAAUCUGAUUAAAAAGAGGAUUAUGAUCUGUUAACUUUUGUAUUUAGGUUUUGACUGAUUUUGCUGUAUAAAAAGUAGACACUUUUCUAAAUAAAAGAAUUCAAAACAGA